AUGACUAAGAUUAUUCCCAGAAAUACCACACUGCCCACUUCAAAAUCAGAAGCGUUCUCAACCGCUGCUGAUGGUCAGACUAGCGUUGAGAUCAAUGUUAUUCAAGGUGAAAGAGAGUUUGUUAGGGACAACAAAUAUGUGGGCAGCUUCCGACUCGACGGAAUCCCUCCUGCUCCUCGUGGAGUUCCACAAAUUGAGGUCAAAUUCAAUAUUGACGCAAAUGAAAUCCUCUCAGUUGCUGCUAUUGACAAGGGAACUGGGAAGAAGCAAGACAUCACCAUUAGCACAUUACCAAGUGACGAGAGCUUCGACGAUGGCAGCGAGGAGAGUAUUAAUGGAGCUGAUUUGAUGGAGUGCAGUGGGGUUGGAUGGAUCUGA